AUGACCUCAAGAAAUGACUCUUCAGUGACUGAGUUUAUCCUGCUGGGUUUAACACAGCAGCCAGAGCUCCAGCUGCCUCUCUUCUUCCUUUUCUUAGGAAUCUAUGUGGUCACUGUGGUGGGAAACAUUGGCUUGCUUGUUCUAAUUAGACUGAAUCCUCACCUUCACAUCCCCAUGUACUACUUUCUCCUCCACCUUUCCUUCAUUGAUCUCUGCUAUUGUUCUGUCAUAAUCCCCAAAAUGUUGAUAAGUUUUGUAAAAAGAAACAUCAUCACUUAUGCAGAGUGCAUGGCUCAGCUUUAUUUCUUCUCAUUCUUUGUUAUUGAUGAGUGUUGUGUUUUAACAUUAAUGGCCUAUGACCGAUACAUGGCCAUCUGUAAGCCCCUGCUUUACAAGGUCAUUAUGUCCCCUCAGGUCUGCCUCAUGCUGAUGGUGGGUGCGUAUGCAAUGGGAUUUGUUGGUGCCAUUGCUCACACAGGGUCCAUGCUUGGACUCAUCUUCUGUGAUGGCAACAUCAUCAAUCAUUUCAUGUGUGACAUACCACCUCUUCUCCAUCUCUCCUGUACAAGCACCUAUAUCAAUGAGCUAGUAGCUUUCAUUGUAGCUGGCAUCAGUAUAAUAGUGCCAAGUCUCACCAUCUUCACUUCUUACACUUUUAUUCUUUCCAACAUUCUCCACAUUCAUUCUAAAGAGGGCAGGUCUAAAGCCUUCAGUACCUGCAGCUCCCACAUAAUUGCUUCUUUUUUCUUGGGAUCAGGUGGAUUCAUGUAUCUUAGGCCAUCUUCUUUGGACUGUCUUGAUCAAGAUAAAGUAUCCACAGUUUUUUAUACCAUUGUGAGUCCAAUGAUGAAUCCUUUCAUCUAUAGUUUGAGAAACAAAGAUGUCCAUGCUGCACUGAGGAAGACUUUAAAGAGAAGGAUAUUUACCUAA